GGCGUGAUCCCAUUUUGACAAAUGAAUAAGCUGCGCAAAACGUACUUUGAGUAGGAGGUACAUUUCACUACUGACACUGCUUGGUGUACUUCUGAGGUAUUUGUUGUCGUUUGCUGACGGCAGUUGGUGAGGGUGGCUGAAUGUCGUUUCCAGCGGUUGAAAAUUUGAAAGAUGUAUGAGCGCCGCUCAGGACAGCGUUUGCUUCUUCUGCUCGCAGUGUUGGUUUGUGCUAACGCUGCGGAUCUGAGAGAUAUACCAUUAGCAGGUGACUAUGCUAGUUAUUUGGACGGAACGUGGACCGCAAUCGGGCAGACACGAGGUGAUUUCAAUGGUUGCAACUUCGAAGAGAAUAUCGACUACAACCAUGCUCUCUCCAGCGGGAGUACUAGUAGUCAAGCUGCGACAAGCAAAGAGGAAUGUUGCAGUCUCUGUUCAGAAAUGGCUGGCUGUGCAUCCGGUGUGUUCCACUCGUCCAAAUGCUAUUUCAAAACAGCACAGGACUUACUUUCUCCGUCCAGUCAGUCAGGCCAUGUGGCAUGUACCCCGCAUUGGCUAGCAGGCAACACUAUCACCCUACCUAAUGCCACGGUUCCUGGAGAUUUGACCACUGACUUGGAGAUGGCUGGAAAAGUGGGUGAUCCGCUGUACGAACUCAACUUCAAGAACGCCACCCUGUGGGGUUUCGGGGCGUGGAACUACACCAAGACCAUCACAUUCAGCGAUUUUGAUGUGCAGAACAUACAGACGUUUGCCAAAUGGGGGACUGACAUUCUUCUAGUGUUUGAUGGGAUCAAGAUGGGCGCACACAUCUAUCUCAACGGGUAUCCGCUGGGCACUGCUGUGGACCAGUUUUUGAGAUACAAGUUCUCAUUGGGACAGGCCGUGUACAACAAACAACUGCAAGUCUUUCAGGGCAAUAACAGUCUUGUUGUGUCGUUCGACUCAACCAUUGACACAGCGGGUCGCUUCAUGGCCUGUACAGGUGGCUGGGACUGGGCGCCAUACUCCACCACUGCUGAGGCGUCCACGGGUGCAAGAACAUUCACACGCGGUAUUUGGAAGAGCGUGUAUCUGCUGUCAAUCGACUUUGGGAGCGUGGCCAUUGAACACAUUGUCCCUGAGAUCUUCUACACGGGACCUUACCCGACAGAGCCAUUGGCUGCACAUAAACACGGUGACUUCAUUGUGAACGUGACGGUUGUAUUCCACGUUCCCCAGGACAGUGGUGGUGUGCUCAAUAUCUACACUGAAUGGGGUGCGUUUGCGGAGCUGCAGGUGUUCCUGUACGCCGGUACUAGUGUGAAGCGUACACUCACACUCCGAGCCUCUGCAAAGAACAUCUCGUUAUGGUGGCCGGCGGGACUGGGAAACCAGAGCCUCUACACUAUCACAGCAUACUAUGAACCAAGCGGUGCCGGUACAAUCGCCGUCAAAUCGACACGACAAAUUGGAUUCCGUUACGUUGCCCUGGUUACUGGAAAUGACACAGACGCAGGUUACGUGAAGAAUGCGUCCACAUCACAAACCACCGGUCAGCAAGGAAUGUUCUUCAGGGUGAACGGUGCAGCCGUCUUUAACCGCGGUGCCAACAUGAUUCCGAUGGAGGAGCUGGAGGGGCGUAUGAAUCCAGUGGCGUUCUCCCGUCUGGUCCAGAGUGCCGUUGAUGGUCGUAUGAACAUGUUACGUGUGUGGGGUGGUGGUAUAUUCCUACCUGACAUCUGGUACGAUGAGUGUGAUCGCCUUGGUAUCAUGGUCUAUCAUGAUAUGCAGUAUGCACAGCAAGGGCACUCGCCUAGAAAUGACUCUAUCCAGGAUGCCGAGCUUCGUCACCAGAUCCGCCGCCUGUCUCACCACCCCUGCAUCGUUGUCUGGGACGGCUGCAAUGAAUGUCGCGUCAAGAUGGGAACAGCCACCGGUAUCUACGCUACGUUUGUCAUGACGGUUGUCAUGCAAGAAGACAAAUCACGACCAAUCUGGCCAUCGUGUCCGGCUAUCGGCUGGACAACUGGAGUUCAUGCACUGGACGCUACACCCACUGGUGACGUUCUCACUACACCUAACGAUGCAAGGUCUAUUGAAACUCACGGUCCGUAUCAACAUGGCGGUGGGUUUCCUUCCGUCAAUGGCGACAGCAAGCUGGUUCUCUUCCCCUCCAACAUCCCCAUCAAGGUGAGCCAAAUAGACACCGGUGUUACUCUACAAAAUGUCUUUGCAUCGGAGUUUGGCUGCUCGGUAUUCAGUUCGUUUGAGUCGAUGUCGCCUACCCUCCAUCCCAGUCACUGGGGUGUGCAUGCCGGACUGCCCCCGGAUAACUGCACUGGCCAUAGUUGCUCUGGCAACAACCCAAUGGCGGAGAGGAACUACGCAUGUGACAAUAUCAUACAAGUGUAUUUCGGAGAGAACGACAAACUGGAUAGUGUCGGCGAGGCCAUCUUCAAGCAGCAGCUCUACCAUUGCAUCCUUGGACAGGCACUGGUAAUCAAGAGUAACAUUGAAACACGCCGCUCUACCAACCAGUUUGGCAUAGUUGUGUGGCAGUACAAUGAGAUUUGGCCUACUGGUGGUUGGGGUAGCAUAGAGUAUGGUACACCAAGACCAGGACAAGUCAUCGGUGGAAGAUGGAAACCUCUGCAUUACUUCUAUCGCCAGUCUAUCUUCACGGAUGUAACAGUUGCUUGUGGCGGUGAUGGCCUGUGUUAUGUCAAGAAUGACAUUGCUAAAGCGUUCAGCGGCACCUUGGUCAUUUCAGCCGUUGCAUUCGCAAAUGCACAAGUGACAACGCUUGAAAGUAAAACAUUGAGUCUGGCUACUGGACCUGGUGUCACCGAGUGGAUUCAAGUGGACUUCUCCAAGAUCAAUCCUGCUGAUCAAGUCAUCACAGCCACCAUUAUGAAUGCUGACAAGGAAGUAGUGUGUGACAAUGUUAUUCCACUGACUGAGCCGUACAAGAUGAAGUUACUCCAAGCUAACGUGAAGGUGUCGGUAGGUUCCAAGAAUCCUGGAGGCAGUGUUGAUAUUCAUCUUACAACAGAUCAUGUAGCUAUGUAUGUAACUGUAACUACAUUGGCUGCUGGUCGCUUCAGUGACAAUGCUCUUCUUCUCCUUCCCGCCGGCAAAACAGUUCAGUUCCUGCCAUUCAGUGACACGGUUGAUAUGUCUUUGCUGCAGUCUUCCAUUCGUGUGGAAGACGUCUCGCUCUAUAUGUGAGUGUUCUGUCGUCAGUUUGAUAUCAAGGGAUAUUUGGAUUCCACGUCAUGAGAAAAACCUUUUAUGCUUUUUACACAGUCGAUAUAGAAUGUAUUAUCCUUUGGUUUUGCAUGGAUAACCUUCAGCCACAAUGAAUGAAUAUGACGUGAAAAGCGAUUUUGGAAACCAU